CGGUCGGCGCCUCCGCCUCCCUCUGGUUUCAUUCAUCCGUUUUUUUCAUUCACUAAGGUAGUGAGGCCUACUCGACAGCCAUGGCGAGCGCUCUCCCAGCCGCCGGCUUCCUGUAUUGGGUGGGCGCGGGCACCGUGGCCUACCUGGCCCUGCGCAUCUCUUACUCGCUGUUCACGGCCCUUCGGGUCUGGGGCAUGGGUCACGAGGAAGGGGUCGGUCCCAGGCUCGGAGAAUGGGCAGUUGUCACAGGUAGUACUGAUGGAAUUGGAAAAUCAUAUGCAGAAGAGUUAGCAAAGCGUGGAAUGAAGGUGGUUCUUAUCAGCAGAUCACAGGAUAAAUUGAACCAGGUUUCCAGUGACAUAAAAGAAAAAUUCAAAGUGGAGACAAGAACCAUUGCUGUUGACUUUACCACAGAAGAUAUUUAUGACAAAAUUAAAACAGGCUUGGCUGGUCUUGAAAUUGGCGUAUUAGUGAACAACGUGGGAAUGUCAUACGAGUAUCCUGAAUACUUUCUGGACAUUCCUGACUUGGAUGGUACCAUCAAGAAGCUGAUAAAUGUUAAUAUCCUUUCAGUUUGUAAGAUGACACGCUUGGUGCUGCCUGGCAUGGUAGAAAGAUCCAAAGGGGCAAUUCUGAAUAUCUCAUCUGCCUCUGGCAUGUUACCAGUUCCACUGCUGACCAUCUACUCUGCAACCAAGGCUUUUGUAGACUUCUUCUCUCGGUGCCUUCAUGAGGAGUAUGGGAGCAAGGGCAUCUUUGUGCAGAGUGUCCUGCCAGGCUAUGUAGCCACAAAAAUGGCUAACAUCAGAAAGCCAACUUUGGAUAAACCCCCUCCGGAGAUAUUUGUGAAGUCUGCGAUUAAAACAGUAGGAUUGCAAUCCCGGACCAAUGGAUACCCCAUCCAUUCUCUUAUGGGCUUGGCAUUGACCAACCUGCCUCCUUGGAUUUGUUAUAAGGUGACCAUGAGUCUCAACAAGUCCACACGGGCUCGCUAUCUGAAGAAAACCAAGAAGAACUAAGCACUGACAA